CAGCGGUACACAAGAAGCCUGAGUACCUGUGGACGGAGUAGGUAGUCAGGCCAUGAACUUGGGAGAUGGUUUAAAGCUUGAAACUGAAUUACUGGAUGGGAAAACCAAGCUAAUAUUAUCUCCAUAUGAACAUAAAUCAAAAAUUUCUGUGAAGAUCGGAAAUAAGACCAAGAUUGCAAAAUGUCCUUUAAGAACAAAACAAAGUGGACACAUUCUAAAAUCAACACAAAAUAGUAUUAGAAGUGAAAAACCUUUGCAAAAGAAAACUUCACAGGCAAAAAGUGAAAAAAAUAAAAUGAUGCUUUCACCCACUAAGGAUUUUUGUAAGCAGUAUACAGAUAAAGACUGUCUUCAUAUCCAAAAAGAGAUUUCACCUGCAACCCCUCAUAUACAGAAGCUUGAAAACACCCCAGAUACAUCUUUAGUAGCUAAAGAGAAGCCUUGCAAAAAACACAUCAUAGCUGAAAACAUAAAUAACAAUUUGGUGUGUUUAACACAAGAUCAGCUACGACAGAUUUUGAUGACAGUAAACCAAGGAAAUGGAUUUGUUUCCCUGACUGAGAAUGGAGAGGAGGAGGAAACAAGUCAGGAUAAUCUACACUUACAAAAUAUUCCUAAUCAGCCAAAAGAUGAGAAUGUUAUGGGAUUAGUGCAGAAAACUGAGGCUGUUUCAUGCAUCCAAGAUGAAAAUAAGUCUGUCUUCAGUAAAAAUCAAGAGGCAUCUAAACCGUAUGAGCAGAAAAUUGUCAUAGAGAAUGAAUGGAAACCGGCUGACAUAUUCAGUACUCUGGGAGAAAGGGAACGUGAUAGAAAUUUGUUGGAAGCAAAACGAGCCCAAUGGAGAAAAGAGCUAGAUGAACAGGUUGCUUUAAAGAAGAAAGAAAAAGAAGCUUCUGAAAAAUGGAAUAAUCCUUGGAAAAAAUCUGAAAGUGAUAAAGUAGCAUGGGAAAAAUUUCAGAUUCCUAAUCAAUCAAGGGAAUCUGUACUGCUGGAACACUCUUUCAGUGCUGUAAAACAAGAGCAGCAGAACAAAUGGAUCGAAGAGUUGAAGAAACAAACAGAAAAUGACCAACAAAGGAAAACAGGGGAAAAAAUUAUGUAUUCAAAGAGUGAGGAGAAUGACAGAUGGGCAACGCAUUUUGAUUUAUUAAAGAGUCAUCCUGGUUCUCAGUCUUGGCUGUCAUCUCAGUUAACACAGAAACACCCAGAGUACUUCUGUGUCUCUCCUGACACUCAGAAGCUGGCUGAUGUCAGCAAUGCUUAUACACUUACUCCUGGAAGCCAGGUUGAAUCAUCAGAGGAAGAGCAUAUAGCAAAACCUCUUAGCAAUGUAGCUGUGGCAAACAGUCAGAAAACAAACUUUCUCCGUUCUAUGACUGCUCUCUUGGACCCAGCACAGAUUGAGGAACGGGACAGACGGCGACAAAAACAGUUAGAACAUCAGAAAGCAAUCACUGCUCAAGUAGAAGAGAAGCGCAGAAAAAAGCAACUGGAAGAAGAACAAAGAAGGAAGGAAGAACAAGAGGAGGACCAGCGCUUAGCACAAGAACGAGAACAGAUGCAGAAACAGUAUGAAGAAGACAUACUUAAGCAAAAACAAAAGGAAGAAACCAUGACUCUCAAGACAAAUGAGCUAUUCCAGAAAAUGCAGAGAGCACAGGAGUUGGCACAGAGACUGAAACAAGAACAGAGAAUCCGAGAAUUGGCUCAAAAGGGACAUGACACUUCUAGAUUGAUUAAAAAUCUCGGUGUUGACACAAUGCAAGUGGAUUAUAAGGCAUGCACUAACAUUCCUAACUCAAGAUAUGAUGCUGAUGAAAUUGGUGUAAAAAUGAAUACAUGUGUCAAUUCUCCUAUAGCCUCUCCUAAGAAGGAUACUGGUGUACAAACAGAUAACGUCAAUACAGGAAUUUGCACCAAUGUAGAAUCACACUGUGGGUCAGUAAUAGAAAGGGAAAUUAUAAAUUGUUCAUCUCCUGAGAUUUCUUCAGAAUUUAAUGGACAGUUUACCACUAAAAAUGACAAGGAAGAAGUCAGUCAGGAUAGAGGAGCCAACUUGGAAAAUGGAAAUAGUUGGUGUAAUAACCAGUUCAUAAGAACAGAGAUGCAAACAAAGCUCAUGAAGAAAUGUCCUAAAAGGCUUGACUGGAACAUAAAUAAGCCUCUCAAAAGGUAUGUCCCAGCAUCAGAAAAGUACCCUAAGGAGCUUCAAAAGCAGAGAGAAGAAAAAAAGGUAAGAAGGCAGAUGGAACUGCUUCAUUUGGUAGAGAGAAACAAUCCUGAACACCUUUCUCAAAAUAGAGGCACUUCACCAGAAAUUCUUCAUUCAUCUCAUCCAGAAGCUGAGUCAAAGAUCAGGUGGCUUCCAGUCAAGGAAGAAGCAGCUCUGAAAAUUCAUUCAUUCAGUAAGGAAAGGUUACAAUCAUCACCAGUUCCAGCAGUAAAAAACAGAACCCAACAAACUCAAACUAACACAUUAUACUUACCCCUAAGAAAAAGUAGCUACGAAAGAGAGACUCUGAUUGCAGAAGGUGGUCAAACAGAAUUGUCAUCUGGGAUGUCUGAACCAUCCCAUUUUAUUCCGUAUGUUCGAACAAAUGAGAUCUAUUACCUCGAUCCAGAUGCACCACUGUCUAGGCCUUCCACUCAGGACACUCAGUUCCAAAAUCCUCAUGAUUGUGACCAAGAACAAAGACAGCUGUUUGACUCUGCCCAUGUCAGGGAUCCACUUCUUAAUCCUAAUUUGGUGAAAAACAGGGAUCGACAGCAGGCAAUCCUUAAGGGACUUUCAGAACUACGACAGGGCCUUCUCCAGAAGCAAAAGGAGUUGGAAACUAAUCUGAUGCCUUUAGCUGCAAAUCAAGAAGAGAAUUUUAGUUCUUCAUUUUAAAUGUAGAAAGUGUCUUCCACAUGAUUAAAAAGUGAUCAUUCAACUGUGUUUUUUUAAAUACCCUAGACUUAUUUUUCAAAUGCUAAUUUAAAACUUGUACAUAAUGUAGUAAAAUGUUGUCUUUUAAAACUACAAUAAAAGACUUGCAUAAAAGCUUGAGUAGUAAAAAAAAAAAUUUUGUUACAUUAAGUCCUGUAAAAACUCUACUUACCUGACUUAAGUGUUUGUUCAUACAUACUACUCAUGCAUUUUGUUGUGUAAAGAACAUUACACUUUUACUGAACUUCAGAUUACUUUUCAAAACAUGAGAGUUAGCAUUACUAAUUGCAGGCAGUAAGUACAUUAAAGGCUUGAAAUCUAUCUCCUCCCUAUAUUUUAUCUGUAUAGCACUAAGGUGCUUAAUAAAUGAUAAUUAACUCUAAUUUAGGGCCAUCUCAAAAAUACACAUCCAUUUUGUGUAAGACUAACAAUUUAAAGCCCACUUUGGGCAAAAAGUUUGUAAACAGAAAAAGUUGGGUGUGAUGGCGCAAUGCUGGUCUUCCCAAGCAUAAAAAGGAGAGCAGUCUGUCUAGGUGAGCCAGGCAAAAUAUAAAAAGGGCUGAAGGCCUGGCUCAAGUGGUAAGAGUAAUGAUAGAGUAAUCAAAGCCCUGAGUUGAAACC